AUGGCGUUUGCAAAGGAGGGACAGUCAUCUGCCGAUCUCUCUACCGUCCACACUCCAGCCUCCCCAACCACAGCUAAGCCUCCCCAUAAUCUAGCAGCACGACUGCGUAACUUGGCUUUCCACUUCUCUCGCUCCUCCAGCAUGCUUGAAAGUAAACGCAAUCCUCCCCUCUCCUCCUCACCAGCCUCACCUUCUCACGGUUCGAACCACAAUAACACCAAAAUAGAGCACGAUGUUGGGGUCUAUCAAGAGCAGAUUCAGAAAUGCGAGGGCAUCAUUGCUGAUCUGCGCAAACAGGUGACACUGAAAGACAAGCAAAUUGCUUAUUUGUCCUCCGAACUGGACAAGUACCAGUCUGUUUGCAACCAGAAGACACAAAUUCUUGGAAGAGGGCGUUCAUGGGGCGUCAAAAUGGAGGUUCGAGGAACCAAAAGUGAGCCUGACGGUGGUCGUCGGAAACGCGGAAUUGGAAUUUCUGCGGAGCCUCGAGCUCUCCAAUUGGGCGAAAAUGAGCAGCCAAAACAUUAUCCCAAAACUGUCAAGUAA